CUCUCCUCCUUUUCCUCUCAGGGUAAGUCCUUCGUAAAGGAUGCGUUGAGGUGCAUGUCGCUGGGCCUGAGGCAGCGAUUCAGCUGCGUGAGCCGGAGAUGCUCGGCGGUGAAAGAGAUGGUGUUCUCGCUCCAGAGGGAGUGUUACUCCAAACACCAGCUCUGCCUGGCGCUGCAGGACCACAUGGACACCAUGGGGAACCUGGUCCAGUUCCACCUGAUGUUUCCUCCAGGGCCGUACGUGGAGCUCAUGAACUUCCUGCUGAAAUGUGGCGACGAGGUGAGGACGUGGGUGGGACGGCGGCUGCAUGGUCAGUGUGAGCAGCACUGGGGGGCGCUGUGUGGCAGCUUCGGCAGCAUCUGUCCUCUCAGCCAGUCUCUGCAGCAGACCACCGCCACGCCGCCAACCGUGCCGUGGCCGACCACCGCUCAGCAGCAGCAGCCGACCGGAGAAGCCCAACCAGAGGACAGGAGCCGGCAGAUCGACAACGCCACUGAAUCUGGUCUCAGUGUGCCUGAGAAAUCCAACAUCACCUCUUCUUAGACAUGAAGAUGAGUCACACAGAAGUGCAGACAGGGUACACACAAAGAUUUGUUACUAUUAUACUAGCAGUAGAACGAGUAAAAGUAGUGGUAGUAUUCAGUGUGGUGUUGCUGAUGAAAGCAGUGCAGCAUAACUUAUUCAUUUUGUUGGAUAUUUGUGUUGUGAAUGUUGAUAGUUUUCUUAACUUUGUACAAGGAUGAAAACCAAUUAUCUACCUCACCUCAACAUCACAGUCAACCAGAGUGGCUCCGUCCUUCAGCAACAGGAACGGUCACACGCCAGUCAAUACUGCAGGGAAUAUGUCUGUAACUCAAGUGCAGCUGAUGGCUCCAAGUCAGAAUUCUACCUAUUUAAGUCUGUUUUUGUAUUUAUGAGGAUUGUUAUAUUGUGCACAGUCAAGCUGACACACUAUCAGGUGCUACGUCAUGGACAGUCUGCAGGAAGGGAAGCACUCUUUGGUCGUGUUAUAAAUAUGUAUUUUCUAAUGUUCCACUGGAACAAUCACAUUUCAUACAGACCCCGGGUUUCAAGGUGUUUUGUAAGUUUUUAUUUUUAUUUAAAUGAAUCUUAAAAACUCAGUUGUAAGCAGUUUUAAUUGAAAUUAAUUAAACUACAAUGACGUCACUGGA